AUGGGCGCAUACAAGUACCUUGAGGAGAUGUGGCGCAAGAAGCAGUCCGACGUCAUGCGAUUCCUGGCGCGCCUGCGCAACUGGGAGUUCCGCCAGCUGCCGGCGGUGCACCGAUGUAGCAAACCCACCCGUCCGGAUAAGGCUAGGAAGGUGGGCUACAAGGCCAAGCAGGGCUACUGCAUCUAUCGCGUGCGGGUGAAGCGUGGAGAUCGCAAGAAGCGUGUGGCGAAGGGCAUCGUCUACGGCAAGCCCACCAAUCAGGGUAUCAACAAGUGGAAGUCCGUGCGGAACCUGCGCAGCAUCGCAGAGGAGCGCGUGGGACGCAAGUGUGGCAGCCUGCGUGUGUUGAACUCCUACUGGGUGGCACAAGAUGCCGUUCACAAGUGGUACGAGGUGGUCAUGGUGGAUCCCUUCCACACCGUCAUCCGCAACGACCCGCGCAUCAACUGGAUCUGCAAGCCCGUGAUGAAGCACCGUGAGUUGCGAGGCCUCACCGCUGCAGGACGCAAGGCUCGUGGUCUGCUGAAGAAGGGAAAGCGUGCCACCAAGAUCCGCCCCAGCUACCGUGCUGUGUAUCGCCGCCACUCCCUCAUGCCGUUACCGCUGAGCACAUCUUCCGCCGCGCAAUACAACCGUACCGUGAAAGUUGCAGUUCUCCUCAGUUUCACGGACACGGCACGAUUGUUGAAUUUCUGUCUAUUUUUGUGUCCAGAUGUCUAUUUGUUGGACAUUAGCAACUGGACGCACUUUCCGUUGCGUGGACAGCUGGCAGUCCUCGGAAAAUCUGCGGCAGCUUGGGAGGCCGGCUCGAGCCGGGUCGCUCGGGCGCUGUCGCCGGAGCAGGAGCUUCCCCCGAGUGGCUGUCGCACUGCGUAUGGGGGCCGCAGCAUGGAGAAUGCCUAUGCUGGGCACCCAGGUUUAGGUCAAGCUGAAGUGGAUCCAACCACAGCCAUUGAUAUCAUCCUGGACGGCACGCGUGCUGCCCCCCGAUGCCAUUCAUCCGUGGCGAUGUUCCCCUUGGAGUUGGCCAUCCUGGCAGCGCAGCGUUGGACGGAGCGACGUUCGGCGUUGGUGACCGUGGUUUCUCCCGUCGGCGCUGUGCUGUCGAGCGGAAUUAGCCCGGAGAUGGGUCCUGAGUUGACUCCUUCCGGGCAAGUUUCACCUUUGCCUUCCCUGCCAUCGUUGGAAUCGGUGGCUGCGAAAGCUGAUUUUGCAGUGGACCGUAACCCUGAGCCAAACAGAGAUUGGAGAGGCUUCACAAAGCUGGCGUUGCAGCAACACGAUUGGGUGGAGAAUGGCUGCAGCCACGAGGCUCCAGGAUCUUUGGCCAGGGACUGGUCUCAGAUCGACGAUUCGCUGUUUUUGAACCGGCCGGCAGAAUCCGCUGAAUCCGUAGAGUCCUUGUCAGACUCAGAACAUGCCGCAAAGGUUCUUGUUUCAGAUCUCUUCACGCGGCAAGUCCUGAGAGAGGAGCUGAGAUGGCGCUUCUGCAUCCUGGAGGCCGCUGCUCAUGAGGUGCCAGGCAUUCUUGCUCUCCUGAGGUGGCCCGAUUUGACCCGGCCGGAAGCAGUGCGAGAUCCGAGGGAUCCAAGCGUCAAGGCCGGGAACACCUGGGCGCCCUUUCCCAAUGAGUUGUCGGCCUUCGCCCUCGUGUGGUGGCAGGCAGCCGGACUGGCCCCAGUGGACAACAGCAGUUCUAUGGAAUUGGAGGCUUUAUCGCUGUUGAAUUCAAACAUCCACUUGGAAUAUCGCCUUCGAAGGGAUACGCUCUUUGCCCUCCACAGCAUGCCGUUUCCGCUUCGAGAAGACUUCACAACUGGGGAGAACUGGGACUUACGCGGCCAGAGAUUUUGGCCCAUCUGGUGUAGCUGGGCACAAUGGCUUUGCCUAAUAGUCGAUGUUGGCGAUCCCGACACUUCUCCUGAGGGGUUUUGGCAGCGUGACGGGGAGGUUUUGUGUGUGAAAGGCAACAAGAUCUACUGGCUUUCGGUGGAAGGUGAAGCACGGGAACUGAGUUGGACAUCAGCAACAUCCUUUGUCUGCUGUCUUUGCGAUAGCAGCGAGUGUGCCGCCACGAGCGAUGGGGACCGCCUGCAGUGGGCAGAUGAGGAUGUGUGGACUCGGCUGGGGCCAGCAGAACUGGAGAUGCUGACGGUCUCAUUGAACCCUUUUUGCCUAUGUCGAUUCUUGAACUCCACCAGCGGCCUAAAGGACGUGCGUGACGUGCGAAACCUGAUGUCGAAAGAGUCGUCCGACCUCACAGCCGGACUUCGAGCAGAGUAUGCCAAGCUUUUUUCGCUUCUGCCAGCAGAUGAAGAGUCCUGGAUGAGAUUUCAGCACGCUGUCAAACAUCUACCAGAGCUUGUGGAACAGAGGAGGCGCAGAUAUUCAAUCGACUUGAUCCGGAGUGACUUUGACGUUCUGUAUGUGGGCCACAGCUUCCUACACAUGGACUCCAAGGUGCUCCCUGAUGAGAACGGAGAUAUGACUGGCUUCCUGGAAUUCCAGUCCUGGCUUCCUGGCACGGCACGAAUUCUUUGCAACGACAUUGGCCGCUUGCACCGCGAUGAUCUCAUGGAGAACCUCUUCAUUUUGCCUGAGGACCGCAGGCAUCCGCAGGCUAAGAUAGGCUAAGACUGAUCGGAGUAUCCCAAAUUCCUUGGGAUGUGGAAACUCGUCCAAGGUACAAAAGGAACAUCCGAAUAGCCAAGAUGAUGGAUUCUGGAGGAGAUAAAUGAAACAGGUUUACCUUCAUGCAAUUGAUCUUGUUUUGGUUUGUCUUUGUUCUUUGUCCAAAGAUGUAGAUGAAGGAUCAAGUCUCUGAAACUUUACCGCUGGGACAUUUUGAUGCAGUUUGGCUGCGAAACUGCACGGCAACUUUGACAUCACAUGCUCUCAAAGUAUUUGCUGCCAUAUUGAAGGUUGGCGGAUUUCUCAUAGCUACCCCUGCCUAUUUGGACGAUGGUCAUGUCAUUCCAUGCGACCUGGAAGCCGUUUGGGUCGAAGGGCCAAGAUCCGCAUCUUUGACAUUACAAAGUUGUAGGACUUGGAGGAAAAUUGCCGGGCAAAGAGCGUCCUAACGGUGAUUGACCUGGAGCAAAA